GUAACUUGAACAGAUAUAUUGAAAUUUAUAUAAAUAUAUAUAAAUUUGUUUUUUUGAUAGUCAUCAGUAUUAUGACAGUACUUAUUUAUAUCAUAAACAGAUUGCAACUAUCUAUUUAAUAACAAGGCAUAAUAUAAUAAUUUAGAAGUUAUGUAGUGAAUUGUAAAAAAAACAUUUUCUUGUUACGACAAAAAUGGCAAUUGAAAAGCCUGACUCAUCUAAAUUCAUUGGGUUUCCAAGAUGUGUUUCAGAAAUAAUUUACAAUUGUUUAGAUUAUCACCAUAGACCAAGUAAUAAUAAUUCUACAAAAUUGGAGAAUAUUACAUACUAUGAUUUGUCUAAUUCCAUACAUGAAGACAGCGUUAUGAUUCAUGAUGAUACAAUAGAAAUUACUUAUUUAAAUGAAACAUAUUCGAAACCAAUUAACUCUAAUUGUCCAAUAUUACGAAGUCAAUCAACAGUUGCACAUAUAAGUAUGGCAGUAGCUUCAAUUACUAUGUUCGCUCACUUUAUCAUGGUGUUCUCUGUAAAUAAAAGUUUGAGAAGACUUUAUGGGAAUUGUUUGUCGCUUAUUAUUUUAUUCAAUUCACUACACAAUGGAGUCUUAUUUUUUAGUGCAUACAUGCCAUCAACAAUUAGUUUCAAUAUGACUAAUAAAGAAGUAACUUAUUUCACUAGAGCAAAUAUGUUUUUUAACUGCCGAUUUAUGGAUUUCCUAACACAUUAUCUUUUUCUGUCUAUAUAUCUUGGAAUAUUUUUUGGUCUAUUUGAGCACCAUUUACAAUUGAAUCACUGUUACAAGUAUUCAUUCAUCAAAACAAAGUCAUUGAAUUUCAAAUCGCCUCGCUGUUUGUGGAAAAACCAGAAAUGUCCAAGUACAUCUUCUCAAAAAAUAAAGCAUAAUGAUUGGUUUACUGAUUCAUAUGCAAUAACUGGUGCUCCAAAGGUUAAUUUUGUUAGAAAAUUUCAAUGUGUUGUAACACAACCAGAAGCUAAAUUCAAGACAGUCCGGUCAUUAGAGCGAAUUAGGAAAGAUCAAGAAAGAAAAACAAGAUUUGUAGCACUGAAAGAUGGAUAUUCCAGUCAUCAGAACAAUAUAAUUCCACGUAUCAUUAAUAAUGAUAUAAAAAUGUAUAAUAAUCGUAUGCGGAAUUUCAUUGUAAUAAGUAGUAUUGUUUGUUUACCAAUUUUUCCAACAACCUAUGGAAUUUGGGCUUCAUACUAUUUAAAUUUGAAUAGCAUAUGGAAUCCUGCUUAUGGAAUUAUUACAUGCGGCAAUCUAGGUGCUUGUUUAACUGCUUAUCAAUGGUUAAUGCAUAUACCAGUUGCUUUUUUAUGUUUUGCAUCUAUUGUUCUUAUUAUUUUAAUAUCAAUUAAAACUGAUACAAAUUGUCUUAUACAAGAUCAUUUUUCAUCACAAUCAUUGGAUGUAAAAGCACGUUUUCGAAUGUUUAGCAAAAUGGCGAUAAGUCAUACGUUCUUAUGGAUACUUGCAUUCAUAUCAAAUUAUAUAUGUCAUACUAUUGUAUGGCAGUUCUACGGAAUUUUUAUAGCUUUACAAAGUCUUUAUAUAAUUGUUAGUUUUACAUUUUCACGACCAUUUUUAGAAGUAUUAUUUAAACGUGAUGAUCCAUUAGGACGUUUAAAACUAGAUAAUUUAGCUAUGCAAUUACCUUUGGGUGUAUUUCACAGUCAUAGAUCAAUUCCAAUGUCAUCAAAUGUAGGUAGCUCAGUUAUAAGUCCACUUAUUAAAUAAUUUCUUACAUGCCUGUAAAAAUCACGAAAAUGUAACAGAAAAAUAUAUAUUAUUUUUAAUAACUGAUUUCUGCGGUUAUUUCUAGAGUGUAGUUUUUAUUGCUUGAUUAUGACUGAAUGUACUUUUUUACAACAUGAGUAAUACAAGCAAUAAUUGCAAUGUAAAUGUUAUGAUUCGUUGAAUUCUUUUUUUAAUUGUUCAUAAGAGUGAAUUGGAAAGAAACUUUUACUUACUUACUUACUUACUUACGCCUGUUACUCCUCGUGAAGAAGCAUAGGCCGCUCACCAGCAUUCUCUAUCCAACCCUGUACUGGGCAAUCCUUUCAAGCUCUUUCCAGUUCUUAUUCAUCCUUUUCAUAUCUGCUUCUAUUUCCCGACGUUAUGUGUUCUUUGGCCUUCCUCUUUUCCGCUUUCUUUCAGGAUUCCACAUUAGGCCUUGCCUCGUGAUGCAGUUUGAUGAUUUCCUCAAUGUAUGUCCUAUACAUUUCAAUCGUCUUUUCCUAAUUUCCUCUUCAGCUGGAAGCUGGUUUGUCCUCUCCCACAGUAGGCUGUUUCUGAUGGUGGUUGUUGUAGUUCUCCAAGUUUCAGCUCCGUACAGUAGAACUGCCUUGACGUUGGUAAUGAAGAUUCUGACUUUGAUAUUGGUUGAAAGUUGUUUUGAGUUCCAUAUGUUCUCCAAAUGAAGGAAUGCUGUCCUUGCUUUGCCGAUCCUCGCCUGUACGUCUGCAUCUGAACUUCCUUGUUUGUCGACGAUGCUUCCCAGGUAUGUGAAGGAUUCCACACCUUCCAGAGUUUCGCCAUCAAGAGUGAUUGGAUUGCUGUUCUCAGUGUUGUAUUUGAAGACUUUGGUUUUCCCUUUGUGUAUGUUGAGACCUACUGAUGCAGAGACUGCUGCUAUGUUGGCUGUCUUUAUCUGCAUUUGUUCGUGUGUAUGCGAUAGGAGGGCUAGGUCAUCUGUGAAGUCUAAAUCGUCUAAUUGAUUCUGAGCUGUCCAUUGUAUGCCGUGUUUUCCCUUAGAUGUCGAGGUCUUCAUAAUCCAGUCGACCACCAGAAGAAAGAGGAAGGGAGAGAGUAGACAGCCUUGUCAUUAUUGUAAGCAAAUUAUUUUUUGAUCAUGUGCUACAUACUGCUGGUUUCGACUUAUAAAAGUCCGACUGUUAAUCUGACUAUAAAUAAGUCAUACAAAAUUAAUGUAUUCAUACAUUAUUUUUAUUUAUUUUUGGUGUUUAAUAAAUCUGCAUCUGAGUUCUUCG